AUGGCUCUCGAGCGAGUUCCCGCUGACAUCAGGAGAGAAGGUGGCAUCACACGCAUGAGCGAUCCCCAUCUCAUCAAAGAAAUCGUCGAUGCCGUGACUAUCCCCGUCAUGGCCAAGGUAUGCAUAGGACACUUUGUGGAGGCGCAGGUGCCUACUCUCCCUCCGGGCAGCUGUGCGCGCUCGAGCGCGGCAUGA